AUGACCAAUAUUACUCCAACUGCGGACCCUGGCAUCAUCGAGCCAGGGGUCGAGUAUUGGGUCGAAUGGAUGUCCAUCGAAAGUCUGUGGAUCUUGUAUUCAAUUACAGGGUUCUGGGGACGGAACCAGGGCUGGAGAACGGUGGCCAUUUUUAACGGCCUCGUUCAUGUGGCGAUGGAAAACGUGAUCAGGAGGAAAGAGAUAUAUAACACCUCCUUUUUCGUGGUUUUCCUUCUUGGAAGAGUUAAAAUUGAUACGUCUCGCCACGGGUUGACCAGAGGAGCUCUUUUGCUCCUGUGGUUAGCGUUGGAUGCUGCAUCACUGUGGAUUGGCCCUGUAUUUUGGGCAACCAAAGCCUUGGAGGGCUUUACAGUGUGCUUGAUUUUACUGUGGCUGUAUACCCAAGUGACACAGCUGCGAGGAACCAAUGCGCCAUAUUGGGUGGUGAAGCUGCUGAGGCUCGUGGUUUGGGGCCUCGCGUGGGGAGUCUUGUCCGCCCUGUUCCUGACUGGAUUUACCACAGACCUACCGAUGGUUUGCCUGUUUCUGCUGUACGGAUACUUGUUUCCGAUUCCAGAACUGAAGGAUGGGCCUGAUGUUCCUGGACGCAAUCCGUCAUUUAGAAUUAGUCACAUUUACGAGGAGGUCCCGUUGCCCCGAGUAUAG